AUGUCAAAAUUGGACAUCUCAAGUACAUCCGAGGCGGAUGAGGCGCUGCCAGCCCCAGCAAAGCCGACCUUAUGGAAUCGAUUCAAGACACAUAUGAAGAGGUUCUGGUGGGGUUAUUUGAUCGCAUUCUGCAUCUCUGUCCUAGUUAUCAUUCUCCCAUUAUUUUAUGUCGGGAUUCCCAAUUUCGCGAAUGACUAUAUCAACAAGUACGAAUACGAUUACGACGGCCUCGAGAUUACCAACCCCCGGCCUACUGCCUUCCAUAUUAAACAAACGCAAAGCCUUCAAAUGGGAGGUGGGCUUAGUGGUAGUGGUCAUAUGAAUGCAUUCAACGCCACAUGCCGCGUGGAAGACACCGACGAAGUCUUUACAGUAUUGACUGUGCCAAAUAUUGCAUUUGGCAACGGCGCCACUCUUGAAAUAGACCAAGAUUUGGAUUUGUCUUGUGUUGACUGUCUGUCACGGUUGGCCUCCGCAGCUGGAUCUAACAAGAAUUCUUCCAUUUUGAUUGAGGGUUCACCGGAUUUGAAAUUUGGUGCUCUACCGACUGCUCAUUUGAACAUUCAUAAAAUCAUGAACGUGGGUGGUUAUAAUUUUACAGACUUCAUCAAUGCAGAAGGCGCAUUCAACAUCACCAGCUUAGAACUCCUGGAUCCUCCAGUAGAUGGAUAUAACUUCAAUGCCACGAUCUCCGUGCGCAAUCCGAGUCCCUUCAUUGUUGAGAUGGGACAUGUGACUUUCAAUCUCUCUCUUGGUGACUCGGACUUGGGUUGGGUCGACUUGCCCCAUCUCUUUCUAGAAAAGACUAUCAGCAACACUGUGGUACUCGGUUCAGUUGACAAGGAAAUGUUAAUUCACGAGGCCAUUUCGGGUGACGAUGACGUUGGCACUGUGACUAUAGACGUUCGCGGGAAAAGUUGUUCUUUCAAGGGUGUCGAUAUCCCUUACUUCACAGCCGUUAUCAGGGCUGUGUCUGCAUCGGCAAGAAUCGAUCUAUUAGAGUACGCAUCAAGUCUAUUUUCUUGA